AUGGAGAAGCACUUCUCCGUUGUCUGUCUGGCCCUGGCUUUGGUUUGGAAGCUGGCAAGUGCCGAGUCGUGCUCCAAUGCAGUCACCGACGAGGAGGUGCUUCCAGAGGCAUCCUUCCUACAGGUGAACCAGAACAUCACGCAGACGAGUUACCUCCAGUUGAACCAGAGUCUGACCAGGCCACAAGCAGCUGAGCUGCAUGCACUACGUCCUGCAGAUCCCAGCGAGGUCAUGUCCCUCGCGUUCAUGGAGAGCUAUGUGCGCUCAGAGAGGUCAAUGAGCUUUGGCAGCGUCUUCCUGGACAUAGCUAUCAUUGUCUUGGUGGUCUUCCUCAUCUUCACGUGUUGCAAUGCAAUCUUCAAACCAUCGCCAACGCGAGCCCAAAGCGAUCCCUUCCUGGUCGAAAAAUCCGGUGCGGCCGCUGAACUUCUAACUUCCAGGGCAGUGCCGCUUCCUGUGCUUUGUAGCGAAUUCGUGAUGAGCAGUGAGGCCCGUUUUACGAUUGACAUGGCCCACAUCACAAAUGCCGUGCAGUCCUUCCCGAUCAAUCUUCCAACCGGGAAGAAGAUUCUCGAGGCCACCGUACAACAGGGUGGCAUUAUUUCCAUCACGGAUGUGCAGCAGACGAAUCAUAUGAUGCUCCGAGCCAGUGCGGCGGGAGGACGAAAACUCUUGACGAUCAUGGACGGAAGUGGUGCGUAUUUUGGCAAAGUCUCUGUCGAACCGGAGGGGAUCGGUGUGAUCCUGCACCACAAGCAGAGUCCAUGUUGCCAAAUCAAGACCACCGACCUCUCUAGCUUCUGCAUGGAGUUCUCGACGCUGGCUGACAGGCGCUCGGUGAUCGCGAGGAGCAUCAAAAGGGAGGACAAGCGGGGUGGUGAAGAGCUCCGCAUCCAGGUCUCACCGCAGCAUGACGCAGUCCUUAUGCUUGGUUGUGUCUUGGGCAUCAUUCUGCUCGAGCCCGAGAUGAUGAAGAUGGCCAUAGCAUGA